AUGCACUGUCAAGCCGAGUUGAGGCUCUCCUCCCCCGGGCAGCUGAAGGCUGCGAGACGGCGCUACAAGACUUUCAUGAUUGACGAGAUCCUCUCCAAGGAGACUUGUGAUUACUUUGAGAAACUUUCUCUGUAUUCGGUGUGCCCUUCUCUCGUCGUGCGGCCGAAGCCUCUCCACUCAUGCUCAGGCUCCUCGUCACUACGUGCCUACCCUCUCCUCUCGGUGAUCACGCGGCAGCCCCCCAACCUGCCCCUCCACCUCCCUCAGCCGUCCUCCCCGGGCGGAGUUCCCCCGCACCUGCUCUCGCCGCAGCAUCAGCGAGGCUCCGAGCCCUCCCCCAGCCAGACGCCCCUCAGCAUCAGCAGCGAGUCGGAAACGGAGCACAGCACGCCCCGCCUGAAGAAGCCCCGCCGCAGCCGCACCAUCUUCACCGAGCUGCAGCUGAUGGGCCUGGAGAAGAAGUUCCAAAAGCAGAAGUACCUGUCCACACCUGAUCGGUUAGACCUGGCCCAGUCACUUGGUCUCACACAGCUCCAGGUGAAGACAUGGUACCAAAACAGGCGUAUGAAGUGGAAGAAAAUGGUGCUUAAAGGAGGUCACGAGGCCCCGACUAAGCCCAAGGGAAGACCAAAGAAGAACUCCAUCCCCACCACGGAGGAAAUAGAGGCCGAAGAGCAAAGAAUGAAGGUGGAGGAAGAGGAUAGGAUGAGGAGGGCGACAAAGGAAGCGGCGCUGGCUCGCGGAGGAGAGGCGUCUCAGCUGGAACCUCAGGAUCUCAGUUCGGUAACUCACAAUCCUGCCGCGGCGAUGGAGGAUUCUGAGCGAGAGCUGCCGCUCCUGAUGCAGUCAGAGACUCACGCAGCCAGCUAA